AUGAGUAGGGUCAGAACUAUUAUUGCUAUUAUAGCAGUCUCCGUUUCACUUGUAAUUUUGUUAUUAAAUUAUACGAGUGCAAAAGUGGACGUCGAUAUACCACAAGACAAUAAUACUCGCACUGGAUAUCCCGUUUGGUAUCCUCCUUUUCCAAGGCAUUAUGGUCAAGAUCAAUAUGCAACAAUCUUUGCCUCAAUAAUAUUGAUGAGAAUCGCUGCAUACUCAUUAAUUACGGGCUUAACAGGAAUUGCAUACCUCGCAUUUGAUCUUGGUUUUAGUAUCUUUUUAGAUUGGCCUUAUGACACCGUUUGGUUUAAGAUGCAGGGUCUUUGUCAGGAUUUUACAUUGGCGAUUACAUUUACACGCAUAUAUUUUGACACGCAUAAUGGUUAUGGAGACGAAACUCAUCAGCGUCUUUCUGAUGUAGAAAGGCCAAGAGAAUACAAUCAUAUUAAGGAAUAUACUUUUGGUUCUGUUUCACGCUUCACUCCUAAUUUCGUUCUAUUAUUGGUGUUGGCUUCUUACACCCACAUUUUAGGAAAUGGAAGUAUAGUAGAUUGGGAUCUUUAUUUUAUCAAUGAAAUGCCUAAUUUGUACUGUGAGGAUGCACAUAAAACACUGACGGGUGAACUUGAAAUACUUCUUAAGCACUUUAUUAAGGAUAGUUGUGAAUGGUUUAAAGCGAAAGCUAUCAGGAAACAGUUAAAGGAGCAUCAAGAAGGAUUAUUGAAAGCUACUAUCGAAAAUAAGAUCAAUGAAAAUAUUAAUAAGGUAUUACUUGCAAGAAAUGCUACAAGUGUGACAGCAGAAGCUUAUUACGCAACGAAUGAUUACGAGAUUCCCAAACGUUCCCGAACAGAUCAUAAAAACUUGCCACGAUCUCCAGAACGACAUAUUAUGCCAGAAGUUGACGAAAAAGAAUUUAGAAAUAAGCGUGAACAUGAUAUAGAAUUUAAUGCAAAUUUAACUAUUGUCGGUGGAAAGAGUAUUGAAUUGAUACAAUUAUUAAGUGAUCGUAUGAAGAUAAUGAAGAUGUUAAAAACUCUAAUAAAUCAAUAUGCUAAACUCAAUCCAAGCUCAGACAUAACAUUAAUCAAAUUAUAUGGGUUACAAGUCUAUUUAAAUGAGUUGACCAUUUACGAAUUCCAAUUAAAAUACACAGAGAUUUACACUGCAGAGGCGAUAUUAACAUUUUCUCUACCUAAAACAUGGGCAGAUAUAUACUUGUUACCCAAUACUAUAUGGAUAUGGGAUAAAGUCCCAAUCCCAUCCCAUCCCAUUCAAACAAUAUCAUCAUAA